GGGAUGGUUCGACCUGGAAGGAACUGCAAAGACUAGGGAGGGACAGAAGGCCGGCAAGGAAGAACUGGAUACCAGUAUGGCGGGCGAGGCCAGUAGCUCUGAAGGCGGCCUUAGGAAGAUAGUAUCAUCCCUUGCGCGAGCAUUGAACAAAAACCAGGGCUACCUAGCGAACGCUAAGAAAAAGUUGACGUUCGACGGGGCGAACAUCACGGAGUUCCUAAUCGAUUAUGAAAACCUAGCUGCGCUGCUGAAAUGGACCGAAGAAGAAAAGAUGGACCACUUAGGACAGCAUGUGUCACUAAGCCUAGGGCGGGACAUAAUGGUCAUUGUGGCCGCGAGCCGGUCCUGGAAGGAGACGCGGGAUGUGAUGAUGAGGAAAUACAUGGUAGCGGAGAAAAUGGCUGCGGAGGCCGACUUAGCGGCAGUUCAGAGGAAGAACUUCGCAACAUUCAAUGAUUUCCUAUGGGAGCUUACUGUAGUAGCACUAAGGAUCCCCGGGGUCACGGACCAGAUAAUGAACAAAUAUUUCCUCAGGCAGUUCUUCGAGUUCGACAAAGACAAGAUUCUGUCGGCUUACCAACAGACGAGCAAGUUCGUAAACACUUGGGAUGUUGAUUUUAGUACGGAAACAGAACUGGUUGAGAAGACGGUAGUAACCGAAACAUUGGCCUUGCUCAAAGAAGGGGAAGUUAUAGAUAUGACCAAUAGGACAGGCGACAAGAUAACUGCAGUAGAGGCCGAGCCGGUGGUAGAUAUCAUCUGGGAUCAACUUCGGGGCGGCGGGCCGCAGGUCAACUUCAUUUUGGAAAACGGUGGAUGUGAUAGGGUGAACGCGACAACUCAGCUAGGGAAGGCCGAAAGAAGGAUUAUCCGUGACACCGUGAUGGAGGAGGUUGCUGGAAGCUCGGAACCCCAGGCAGAGCCCGAGGCCAAGGAACCAGAGAAGGUCUAUGGGAAGCCUAGGGAAGAGGAGCCAACGGACAAAGUCACCGCUACUAAAAACAAGUUUCGGUAUCAAAUCCCAAUCUUAACCAUACCUGAGAUCGAGGGCACCCUUAGCAAGUUACUAAGAACCAUGUUGUCAGUAUCGUUUCAGACCAUGCUGCAGGCUAGUCCUAGGUUGCUCAAAGGACUUAGACAACUGUUGACUCAGCGGCGAGUAGAAAUAGACGACAACCCUGAAUUACCAGAAGAAGAAAGGGAGGAGAAAGCUCCGCAAAAAGUUGCUAACCUUCAAAGGGGUCGCGGGGAUCUGGAGGAUCUCGAGAAGGCCUUUGCGGACAUCCGCUUGAGCUUGCCAGAUCGAGAAGGUGGCGAGGUCAUGAGGGCACAUCCCGGGACAAAGCUCAGUUUCCAUGUGUUCCCCGUAGGAAAAUUGAAGAUCCAGAUCAGGACUCAUUAUACCGACGCGUUAGUAGACAGGGGAGCGGAAAUCACUCUCAUAAGGAGGGAUUUCGCAACGAUCAUGGACUGUACGGUAAACAAGGAAGUAACAGGGAGCAUCCGGGGAGCCGGUGGGGAAAUCCCGUUCACUAGGUAUGUCACGAAAUGCGCAGUCGAUGCGGGGGUCAAAGAAUCGAUUUGGUCGUUCCAACGGAUGACAGUAAUGGAGGAAAUGGACCACGAUAUAAUCCUCGGAAGAUCGUGGUGCGCAAACGUGGAAAUGAUAGGCAUGCACUUACACGAUGGCACGUACAUGGUACACAUAGAGGACCCAGUGACCGGCCGGGGUGAACUUCUUCGACUUCUCGGGACGGGAGGAGACCCUCCGAAGAGAAAGUUGGCAACAUGGUCACCGUCGUUCGAGGAUAGCGCACGAAAAGGGGUUUUCGCGCGGAUGGAAGGUAUGAGAGAAAGAGUACAAAUUAUGAUUGAUGAGGCAUUCAACAAGAAGGAAUGGAUAAAGAUAGGCCUGCCCCAGAAGAAGAGGAGGCAGGGGGACGAAGUCUUAGGUGUUAUGGUCGCAGAAAAGGAGUCAGAAAUCGAACUUGGUACCAGCCUACCCAAACGGAAAGAGGCACACAUGGACGUGCCAGAAGUCACACUCGAGAUCCCCGAUUUAGGCGAUGAGAGCAAUCCCAGCCGUUCAUUUUGUAGGAGAAAGAUCCCGGAAGGAAGUGUUCGAAAGUACAAGCCGGUCUCGAUCCUGCUAGAGACAUCAAAGGAAGAGGUUAUGGAGAAGGAGGAGGAAGUCCUUCGAGUGAUCCAGGAGAGGAGAGCGACGGAAGGACAUCGGAUACCAGAUGAGGUAGUUGACACAAUGAAGAUAGGGAUAGACGGAUUCUUAACGGAAGAAGAAACCCGCCUGAUAAAAAAGAUCUGCCAGGAGUUUCACUUGGCAUUUGCCUUUAGUGAUCACGAAAAGGGGCGGCUGGACGCGAAGCUAAUUCCCCCGGUCAGAAUCCAGACGGUAGAGCACGAGUGCUGGAAUGACAAGGGUCCGACUUAUGAAUUUGGGACAGCGGGGGAAGUGACAGACCUUCUUCGAGCAAAGAUGGACUCCUUCGUCGCGGAAGUUACGACAUCGCCAUACACGAACCGGUGGUUUGUCUUUCGGAAGCCCAACAAGAUGCUGAGAUGGAUUCAGGACUUGCAGAAGUUGAAUGCGGUAACCAUCCGAGAUGUUGGCUCACUGCCUCAGGCUGAUUUGUUAGCAGAGUCGCACGCUGGCCGGAGCAUUUACUCCCUGAUCGAUCUAUACUCAGGGUAUGACCAACUUCCAUUGGAUGUCAGGGACAGGCUGUACAUCGCAAUGCACACCCCCAUAGCCUUGUUGCAGAUGUAAGUGACCCCUAUGGGCUUUACAAACGCGGUAGCCGAAGCGCAAAGGAGGAUGCUCGUCGUAGCCGGAGAUAUGUUUUCAGAAAAAUGCGAGCCCUACAUCGAUGAUAAUCCGAUCAUAGGCGCUCAAGAGAAGGACGAGACUGAAGUCCGGCCGGGAAUCCGCAGAUUUGUAUGGGACCAUCUACAAGACAUCAAGGACUUACUCAGCCGAUGCCUAGUAUACAACAUCAUGGCUAGUGGACCAAAGAGUAUUCUAACAGUACCAAAAG